AUGGUCAAAUUAACUUCAAUCGCCGCUGGCGUCGCUGCCAUCGCUGCCGGUGUCUCUGCCACCACCACUUUGGCUCAAUCUGACGAAAAAGUCAACUUGGUCGAAUUGGGUGUCUACGUCUCUGAUAUCAGAGCUCAUUUGGCCCAAUAUUAUUCUUUCCAAGCCGCCCACCCAACUGAAACCUACCCAAUCGAAAUUGCAGAAGCUGUUUUCAACUACGGUGAUUUCACCACCAUGUUGACCGGUAUUGCUCCAGACCAAGUCACCAGAAUGAUUACUGGUGUGCCAUGGUACUCCAGCAGAUUAAAGCCAGCUAUUUCUAGUGCUUUAUCCAAGGACGGUAUCUACACCAUCGCUAACUAA